UUUUUGAAUUAGCAGCUUUAUGAUCAAAUUCUCAAAGCUCGCACAACCCAAAAUGGAAGCUGUCCACCGGACCGUUCCGGUUCGAGUUUCUUAAGAUCGCGAAAAGUUCAACCGGUACCAGUCCGCCAUGCUCCAUCUCCACUCCAGCCACAGCUCCCCAACCCUCUCCGGUAUUCUUUCCGGCCUCACUCCCCCCUCACCCCGUCGACCAUUCGAGCGCAAGGGCCACGCGCGCACCGUGCUAUCUGCCAAUCUCUAUUGCUCAAGGGUACCAUUCUGCUAUGGUGCAUUGUUUGCCACAAAUAACUAUGUCGGCACCACAUCUACUCGGCCAAAACGGAAGUUUGGUAGAGGGGGAUCCACAACAGAAUCAGAGGAGCUCAUGCGGGUGCUAUUGCGGAAGGCUGGUGAUGAGAAGUUCCCUUUGGUGACCACGCUCAACAAGUAUGUGAGGACUGUGAGGACAGAGCAUUGCUUUCUACUCUUCGAGGAGCUAGGGAGGCAAGACAAGUGGCUGCAGUGUCUUGAGGUUUUCAGAUGGAUGCAAAAACAAAGAUGGUACAUUGCAGACAAUGGCAUCUACUCCAAACUCAUAUCAAUCAUGGGGAAGAAGGGCCAGACAAGAAUGGCAAUGUGGCUCUUCACUGAAAUGCGAAACAGCGGCUGCAAACCUGACACCUCAGUCUACAACUCACUCAUCGCCGCUCAUCUCCAUUCGCGUGACAAAUCGAAAGCUCUGAGCAAAGCCUACGCCUAUUUUGAGAAGAUGAAAGGCUUGUCCGAUAGGUGCCAACCAAACAUAGUAACAUACAAUAUCCUUCUAAGAGCUUUCGCUCGCUCCGGAGAUCUGAAGCAGGUUGAUGCCAUCUUCAAUGACCUCGAUUCAACUAUCAUAUCUCCCGACAUUUACACCUACAACGGCAUCAUGGAUGCAUUCGGCAAGAAUGGAAUGCUGCGAGAAAUGGAAAUGGUUCUUCGUCGAAUGAAGAGCAAUCAGUGCAAGCCAGACACCAUAACAUACAACAUCCUCAUCGAUUCAUAUGGGAGGAAACAAGUGUUCGACAAGAUGGAACAAGUGUUUAAGAGUCUUUUGCGAUCGAAGGCAAAGCCGACUCUUCCGACCUUCAAUUCGAUGAUAUCGAAUUACGGGAAGGCGAGGUUGAAGGAGAAGGCUGAGUCAGUUUUCAGAAAGAUGGGUGAGUUGGGCUUCAAGCCGAGCUAUGUGACAUACGAAUGUUUGAUGAUGGCGUAUGGUUAUUGCGACUGUGUUUCGAGUGCUCGAGAAAUAUUUGAUGAGGUUAUGGGGAAGGAGAAGGAGAUGGAGGUCUCUACUCUGAAUGCUAUGCUUGAUGUUUAUUGUAUGAAUGGUUUGCCUUUUGAAGCAGAUAAGCUAUUAGAGGUUGCUGAUAAGAGAGGCUUUGUUCUGAAGUCUUCAACAUAUAGGCUGCUUUAUAAGGCAUACAGUAAGGCUAAUAUAAGGGAAUUGGUUGAUAAGUUGAUGAAGAGAAUGGAGCAGGAGGGUAUAGUUGCAAAUAAGAAGUUUUUCUGGGGGGCUGUGGAGGCUUUUGGUGCAGUUCAGGUGAGUUCUUAGGGUUGUCUUGUGAAUACCACCCAAUUCUUGUAUGUUUAUAUAUCUGACACCUGAAUUUUACUUUUUACAUUUAUAGCACCCAAAUCUUUCG